AUGUGCGCCUCCUUCGUGAACAAUUACAGCUCUGAUUUCAACGGUCACAAAAUCGCUCAGCAUCAGCUCGCGGCGAAUACCUCGAAACCCCGAGGGUUCUCGAACGACGAAAGGUUCUCUAAAGCACUGAGUUAUCUUUUGCGGCACGGAGCUCCCAGAGCGAGAAUCGAGGUAGAGCCCGGCGGAUUCGUAGACGCCUCUGAAGUUUUGCGAUACUUCAAUCAUCAAUGCACCGAGGAGGAUAUAGAGAGAGUUGUCUUCCAAGACAAGAAACAACGUUACGCUAUUCGCAAAGAUCCAGCGACCGGUCGCAUGAAAAUCCGAGCAAAUCAAGGUCACACGUUUCCAGUUGUCGAGGACGGGACCUUGCUCGAGAUUGUCGUUCCGGAGGCCGGCCUCUCCGAAGUCACGCAUGGUACAACUGCGAGCGCGUGGUUGACUAUCCGGGAAGAGGGACUCAGUCGAAUGAAGCGGAAUCACAUCCAUUUUAUACAAGGCAGGGCGACCGCUUCCGAUUGCACGGUGCCUGGAUUCAGAAAGGCAGCAAGCGUUCUGAUCGUCGUGAAUCUUCGCAGAGCGAUACUAGACGGAAUACGCUUCUACCGGUCGCAGAACAAUGUCAUACUUUCGCCUGGCAACGAAAAAGGUCUGAUCCCUCCGGAGUAUUUCCAACAUGUAGUUAAUAUCAGAACAAACGAGACACUCUGGCCGCUCGGAGGGGACACUAGUGCACUCCGCUUGGUUUCUCCCGAGUCUCCGAAUAGGAUACUCCUAACCGGCGUGACAAUGACUGAAUGGAAGCGUGUCAAGAAGGCAGGUCUCGUUCGGAAAAAAGGAGACUUCAUACGUUUCAAGGCAGCGGGGCUUAGCGGUGAUCAUGGAUUCACCGGAUUCGCUGUAGGGAUCUCUAUAGAUGUGCGGGAAGCAAUGGCAAAGGGUAUCGAAUUUUUUUAUCUAAACGCAACGAAUGAUGUGAUCGUGUCUAAAGGAGAUGAGAGGGGAAUCAUACCCUCGAAGUUUUUCGCGCGGGCGGUCGACUUGAGAACGGGCGCAUUACUGUGGCCUGCUCCAAGAUGA